AUGGUGGAACCUCAACAACAAAAGGUUUUAAAGAUUCUUCAUAAAGAGAAUGAGAUUCAAACACGAAAAGGAGGGGAGUAUCAUGAAAGACCCGUGUUGCGUGACUUCAAUAGAGCUCCAAGUGACUCAGAUUUGAUAUCUGGAUUUUGUGUAUUCACACUGGAUAGCAAAUCUUCUGGAACAUCAUUGACUGUUUCAUUGUAUUUAUACUAUCUUAAUCUUACUGAAUAUGCCAAAAUUAGUUAUUAUAUCAUUGCUUCUUAUGAAGUUCUUUUUGUAAUUGUGUCGAGUCUCCAAAAGUAUGUAGAUACUUAUUCACAUGCAAUGCUAGUAUUGGUGCAAAAGCAAACAAGUGGAGAUGGUUUGAGAUGUAUUGGAGCACUCGAUGAGACACAUAUUUUGGUUACAGUUUCUCCUUAUGAGAGACCUAGAUAUUGUAAUAGAAAUGGUGAUGUCUCUACUAAUGUGUUAGCUGUUUGUGAUCCAGAUUUAAGGUUUAUUUAUGUGUUACCUGGGUGGGAAGGGUCUGCAAGAGAUUUUCAAGUAAGUACUUUCUUGUGGAUGUGA